AGCAGUGUUAACUGUGCAAAAACAACAUAUAUUUGUUGGGUUUUUUUGCUGGAUCUCAAAGGAUAAUCCCCCCUUUAGUUGUGAACCGUAGCCCCGGGGCUAAACCCCUGGUUCGCUGACCGAAUUAAUGGCCGGAAACCCAAGGAGGGGCGCCGGGCUCAUCGGCUUGAUGAAGGACGCCUUUCAGCCUCACCAGCAGCCUCUGCAGCCUCAUCAACCUGCUGUAGUGGACAAAAAGAUGGUGGAGAAAUGCUGGAAACUCAUGGAUAAGGUGGUGCGUUUGUGCCAGAACCCCAAGGUGGCGUUGAAGAACAGUCCGCCUUACAUCCUGGACCUGCUACCAGACACCUACCAGCACCUACGCACCGUCCUGUCCAGGUACGAGGGCAGGAUGGAGAUCCUCGGGGAGAACGAGUACUUUCGCGUCGUCAUGGAGAACCUGACCAACAAGACGAAGCAGACCAUGAGCCUUUUUAAGGAGGCGAAGGAGAGGAUGUAUGAGGAGAACUCCCAGCCCAGGCGAAACCUCACCAAGCUGUCUCUGAUCUUCAGUCACAUGCUCGCCGAGCUUAAAGCCAUCUUCCCCAACGGACUCUUUCAGGGCGACAACUUCAGGAUCACCAAAGCAGACGCAGCGGAGUUCUGGAGGAGGUCAUUUGGGGACAAGACCAUAGUGCCAUGGAGGACCUUUCGUCAGGCUCUCCACGAGUUUCACCCCAUCAGCUCAGGCCUGGAGGCGAUGGCCCUCAAGUCCACCAUCGACCUCACCUGCAACGACUACAUCUCUGUGUUUGAGUUCGACAUCUUCACCAGACUCUUCCAGCCGUGGUCGUCUCUUUUAAGGAACUGGAACAGUCUGGCAGUCACACACCCCGGUUACAUGGCCUUCCUAACGUACGAUGAAGUCAAAGCCCGACUGCACAGGUUCAUCCACAAACCCGGCAGCUACAUCUUCAGGCUGAGCUGCACUCGGCUCGGCCAGUGGGCCAUCGGCUACGUGACAGCUGACGGGAACAUCCUGCAAACCAUCCCCCAUAACAAACCGCUCUUCCAAGCCCUCAUUGAUGGAUACAGAGAGGGAUUAGAGUUGCCCCCUCCUCCCCCUCCGGAGCGCCCUUCCCUCGUCGUCGGCGGCCAGGACUCCAGACUCCAGAGGAGACCCUUGCCUUCUACCCCCGACCAGCCGGCGUGGGCUUCCAACUACAUGGUCCCGCGGCCCGCCACCAAGGCCCCCGCGGCCCUGUCGUCGGCCCCUCAGAGCAACGGGACGGCCGGAGAGGGAAGCAAACCUCAGACGGCAACCAAUCCUGUCUACUGCCUGGCUGCAAGAUCUCUCUCAGCGGCUUCGGCGGCGUCGACGAGCGCAGAGAAGCUGUCGUCUGACUGCGAGGAGAACGAGUACAUGAGUCCCACCUCUCUCCCAGCCGCUGGCGCCGCGGCUCCCUGGGUCAUAACGGGCUCCCUGGUGCCCCCCCCACCGCCAGCGCAGGCAAACCACCACAAUGAUGUCAGCGGUGAAGUGGACGACAGCGACUCUGAGGAUCCUCAAGUCUACGAGUCCAUGUGUAACAUCCAGGCUCAGGCUGGUUCAGCUGAGGCAGCACAAACCUCCGAGCUCGACCAUCCUCAACAUUCAUCCGCGGCCUCCCAGGACAAACUGGACGACACCAGUCUGGAGGAUGUUUACGAGUACGACUGUCCCCGAUCCAUCCUCCCUCCGGCUCCCACCAGAAGAGCCAUUUCGGAAAUCGCCGGCCCUUCGUCGGCCUUCAGCACGCUCAGCAUCGACGUUGCAGUAGAAGCAAGUAUGUUUGCAGCAGGCGUCGACCCCGAGCAACCCCCCAAACCUCUCCCUCGGCGAGCCAACUCCGACCGACGACCUCAGCCUCUAAACCGUGAAUUUUCCGCUCCGCUGCCGGAUCUCCCGAGCACCUCGUUCUCUGCCUCUUCUUCUCCUCCUCCACCUCCUCCUCCGCCUCUGCAUCCUCCUCCUCCUCCUCCCGCCGGCGGCCCGGGGAACCUGGCUUUGAACGGAGAGAUCGAAUGCCUGAUUUCACAAGGCUACUCCAUCCAGGACAUCCAGAAAGCGUUGAUGAUCGCUCAGAACAACCUGGAGACGGCCAAGAACAUCCUGCGAGAGUUCGUCUCCAUCCCCUCCGCGGCUCACAUCGCCACAUAAUCGCUCCGGGGGGGCGAACACACUCACCCCUCUCUCUCUUUUUUUUGUUUUUUGUUUUAAUGUCUCGUCUCUUUCUCUCCACUCUGUGCCAUUAUGAUGGAUAGCAUUUACCAAGCACUUUUUUCCUGCAGGGCCACAAUUAA